AUGGCAGAAGAGAAUCGUGGAAUGAGGUUGAGUAAACCUGCAGCGAGGAUGAAGGAGCAUGGCGAGAGGAGGACCAUCUUGCAGUUCGAGGGGAAGACUGCAUGUUGCAACAUGUUACUUGCGAAAGCCAGAAUGAGAGAAAAAGAUAUCAAUAAAAAUUGUAUGAAGGAGCUUUACAUACGUCCUAACUUGAUGCAAAGUAGCAUAAUUAAUUGCUACAACGGAUUCUACCGAAUCGCAGGUCUUUCAUCUACCAAGGAGGCGGAGAAAUCAAGCUUAGUCUCAGAUUUGGUUUGCAGUGCUCGAUUAGGACUUCAGAAGUCUCUCGUCUUGACGUACACCAAUGAACCUGAUAUUGAUGCAGUUGUGAAUAAAUUAGAUGUUCCCAAAGAUGUUGGUAAAGAACCCCUGGAGAUCGAUGAAAGUUUGAAGGGGGUGUAUGACGAUUAA